GUCGAGACAGAUAGGAAGAAGAAAGGGAAUCUGACGGCACGAUAGCCGGGUCCUCUCGUACCACCGAAACUAAUGAAUCGCCGAACCUCUCGUCCAUGGACGUGUUAUUGUGUUUCAAGCGGGUUUCGUCGUUUGCACUGAGGCAGAGCUGAUCUAAUGGCAGACAUCAGCCCAUCUGAUCCAUUGUGAAAGAAAAGUAUUCGACGAGAGGCAGUGAGAUGGAAAGCCAAAAACGACCAUCACUGCUCGCCUUAUCGGCACUCCUGCUCUGCACAUUACACCACACAGCUGGGAGCAGAUCUCAUCGCAGCAGCUCAGCACUGUCAACAACAACAACAUCCCCAUCAGGGGCUAGAGAAAGGCAUCAUUUGGGAACCAUAAACUGGCUGAGACAGACUAACACCAGCUCAGGCAAUCAAAGUCAAGAAAGUAGGCCAUCACGAAAGCUAAAAGAGGUAACAGGCCAAGGGAAUAGUUUCUCCUUUAACACCAACAGAGACAAUAAUACUACUGUGGUAUCUGAAAGGUUUGGCAGGCCACCAAACUGGAGCCCAGAGGAGGAGGUGUCCCCACUGUGUGCCUACCGAGUGAUCGAGGGAGGCAUCGGUGGGCAGCUGUGUUUUCGACACACAUUGUUUGGGUACGAGUGUCAUAAGGGAGACUGCAGGACAGUGGUGUCUUUGGGGAAUCUGGUGGCAAAUAUUCUCACCAAUGGCAGCGUACUGUUACAGUGGACCCAUGUGGCAAAAUCUGCCAUGAAAAAAGAGACUGCAGCAGGUCAGAGGAGCAGUGGAAAGCCAGGGACAAAUUUAACUAGAGAGGAAACUAGAGCACCACACAGUGUUUUCAGUGGCCGACGACACAGGCGGGGAGGCUACGAGUUAAGCUGCUGGUGGAAUGGAAGCUACACUCAGUUUGAGUGUGCCGGUGUCCAUCUUGGAUCUGGCUGCAGGGACUUUCUCCUCACUGAGCUGCAUGAGAACAUCCCAUACCGCCUCUGCCUGCGCUCCUUGGCCAACUCUGAUCCAACUCAGAAAGAAAACCAUCGGGACUGUGUUGAGUUUACCCUGCCGCCGUCUGGGAUGCAGGACAUUGUGAUUGCCAUGACAACGGUUGGGGGAGCUAUUUGCGUGAUGCUGGUCAUCAUCUGCUUGCUGGUGGCGUACAUUACAGAAAACAUCAUGAGCCCCGCUACACAGCACACAUACUCCUACCACACUCACUCGCGACACUGAAUUAUACAUUUAAUAUCCAUGAUGACCACAUCUAAUCUCCCAAUCAUGGUCCCUCACCGUCAAUAAUACAUUAUUCAAUCGGCCAUAUAGUGAUGCUCACAUUUGUUAUGACUGAAUUGAAGCACAAACUACUGUGGCUCUGCAAAUAACAUGCCUUGUCAACCUCUGCGAGGAUGCACUUAACCAAAAUAACUGGUAACCUAAGUUAAGUAUUAUACAGUUUACUGUGUUGUGUUUCUAUUUUAAGGUUGUCUGUGAUUGGGUCUGUCACUCUGUGUGCUGGCAGCAUUUAUACAGCAAUACAACGAAUGAAAUGGUGUUGAGGGCAUCAGAAACAGCAGCAAAAUGUGCAGCCUGUGAAAGUGUCCAGACUUGUCAUGUCCUUGCUGCGACACAGCAAAUAAAACGUUAUUUUCACUCCACCGUAUAGUUGUUUUUAGGUCCACCUCAGUAUGGAUCUGUUCCAUUUUUUAAGGAAAAUACAAUCUGGUGUUAAAUAUCCAAAUACUUUGUCAAACAUCUUGAGUUGGAAAGCAUUUAUGUCCUGCUGUCAGUGAAUAAAGUACC